AUGGCGUACCAGCUGUACAGAAACACCACGCUGGGCAACAGUCUGCAGGAGAGUCUGGACGAGCUCAUUCAGACGCAGCAGAUAACCCCUCAGCUUGCGCUCCAGGUGCUGCUGCAGUUUGACAAAGCCAUCAACACAGCGCUGGCCAACAGGGUCCGAAACAGAGUCAACUUCAGAGGCUCCCUGAACACCUACAGGUUUUGUGACAACGUGUGGACCUUUGUCCUGAACGACGUGGAGUUCCGAGAGGUCACAGAUCUGGUCAAAGUGGACAAGGUCAAGAUUGUGGCGUGUGACGGCAAAAAUACUUCUAAUGCAGCGGAGUGA